GCUAAUUAUUACAAAAAAGUUUUCUUUCGCUCCGGCAAUUUUUUCAGGUUUCUUGGAUUAUUCUGAACAAGAAAGAUCGUCAGUAACUUUUCUCUAAAAUCGGGAUAGAGACUACAUAGGUUUUGCUACCUUGCCCGACCAAGUUCAUCGUAAGUCAGUGAAAAGAGGCUUUGAUUUCACGCUUAUGGUGGUAGGAGAAUCGGGGUUGGGAAAAUCAACCUGAUAAACAGCCUAUUCCUUGAGGACCUAUACAAAAACAGGAAAAUUCCGGAUGUCAGCGAGCGUAUCCACAAAACAACAACCAUUGAAAAGAAAACGAUGGAAAUUGAAGAAAGAGGUGUCAAACUGAGGUUGACAGUGAUUGACACACCAGGAUUUGGAGAUGCAGUCAAUUGUGAGGAUAGUUGGAAAGUGUGCAUCAAUUAUAUUGACGAGCAAUUUAGGCAAUAUUUCACAGACGAAAGUGGACUAAAUCGAAGAAACAUACAAGACAAUAGGGUACACUGUUGUUUGUACUUCAUUCCGCCUUGGGGCCAUAGCUUGAGGCAAAUGGACCUCGAGCUCAUGAAAAGACUGCAUCGUAAAGUAAACAUAGUUGUAGUUAUAGCCAAAGCGGACUGUUUAACUACUGCAGAAGUUGCCAAACUGAAGAAAAAUAUCUUGAGCGAUAUAAGAGAACAUGAAAUUCAGAUGUAUGAGUUUCCUGAAUGUGAUAGUGACGAAGAUGAAGAAUUCAAGCAACAAGAUAGAGAACUGAAGGCUAGCAUUCCAUUUGCAGUAGUUGGCAGCAAUGUUACUCUAGAAAUUGCAGGAAAGAAAAUUAGAGGAAGGCAGUAUCCUUGGGGAGUUGUAGAUGUUUUGUUAUUCCUGCAGGCGAUGUUGCGGAUAGAGGAUUCUUUGUCUUUGCGUUGCGAAUGAAGCAGCAGUUGUGUCGUGCAGCGUGAUAUCAUCACUUGAAUUGUCUUUGUUUUCUAGAUAACCUUUUGCAAACAAACGCACCAGUAUGCAUACCAGCAUACCAUAUUAUGCUUGCUUUUCACGCAUUACGUAACGGAAUUUGGAUUGACAGAUAAACUAUUAUCCUAGAAUGCUGUGUAACUUUGCUUUUAGAACGCCACCAAGCUCUUCAGUAAAAGUCACUUGUUCCAAAAAUAUGUCGAAAACCCCAAACACAGCGAUUUCAUAAAGCUCAGGACAAUGUUGAUCUCAACUCACAUGCAAGACUUGAAAGAUGUCACAGAAGAUGUGCAUUACGAAAACUUCAGAGCCCAAUGUAUUUCACAGAUAUCUCAGCAUGCUAGGGAACGAGGGAAACUAAAAAGGGACUCAGCCCCGUACGAAUCCGAUAUAUCUGAAACAGACAGGUUGCUAAUUCAAAAAGACGAAGAGAUACGUCGCAUGCAAGAGAUGCUGAAGCAGAUGCAAGAGAAACUCAAAGUCGAUGCUCAAGAUAAUGGCAAAAAACAUGAAAGUAUUAUUGAUGUGUAGGUUGAAUUGUUAUUUUUUCAUUUUUAUAACCAAAGCCAGUAUAGUUGAAUCUUUUCUUUUAUAUAUUUAUAAUUGUAAUUUAUUUGUUACCAAUAAAACAUUUAUUA